AUGCGACGGAAUUGUGGACGGAACAGGACAUUCUCACCGCCGCAUUGCAUCCCCAGCCUGUCUCCGCCGACGCGAUCAAGGAGCGGCAGCAAAACUCGCCUGCUCAACUUCCUCAUGCGCCUUCGACCUGAGUUCGAGGCUGCGCGCUCUACCUUGCUGAACAGAGACGACUUGCGGUUUGAGGGAUUGCUUUCCCAUUUGGUUCGUGAAGAAAUCAGGAUUCGUACCCAGGCGAAUAUUGAUGUUCGCCCUAGUGCUGGAGAAACCAUAUUUGCCGUGGCUGGCCAGGAAUCGGCAUAUUCGGUAAAUCGUCCCUCAUUCAAUAACAAACCUAUGUCGAAUGAUAUUGAGUGCCAUUUUUGUCAUGAACGGGGACAUCCUAAGAAGCAUUGCCGGCAGUGGAAUGUGUGCGUGUACUGUAAACGAGCUGGGCAUAUUAUUCUUGAAUGCCGAACUCGGCAGCGGAACGAAGCUCGCGCUGCAGGGGGAGGACUUGAUUCUUCCUCGAGGCCUGAACGUGCAGGUGGCGGGCCAGCUGGAAGGUUCUUCAAUCCUCGCACGUCUCGUCCACCACCUGGAGACCGCACGGCACAUGCAACCGCUUUGGCACCUGGAAAUGGACAGCAAGAUAUCGGCAGCAGCAGUGGUGGUAGCGUCUCGGCCACUGAUAUUGAGAACAUGGUAAAUGCUGCUUUGCAAAGGUCAUUACCCACAGCUAUUAGUGCUGCCUUUGCUACACUGAAUAACUCAGGUAAUACUUCUCCCUGGCUACUCGAUUCUGCAUGUUUUAACCAUAUGACGAAUGCAUCACGGAUCUUGAACAAUGUUACACCUGUUAAAGACAUGUCGUUGAGUGUAGCGAAUGGUGGUAAAUUGGAGGUUCAAGGAGUUGGGUUGAUGCGUAAACAAAAUAUGACCUUGCCUAGUACUUUAUACGUUCCUGGUUUAGUUCCAAAUUUGGUGUCAGUUGGGCAACUUACUGAACAGGGUUGCUCUGUUUUGUUUGCACCGUCAGGAUGUGUUAUACAGGAUUUGAAGACGGGGAGGCAGAUCGGAAAAGGGAGUAAGCAGGGGAGAGUGUUUCACCUAGACGAGCUACGUGGGAGUUCAGUGUCGUCUUCAGCUUUUAGAUCAUGUGUCAGUAGUCCACCUUUGAAUUCUUUGUCAUUGUCAAAACCUAUUUCUUGUGAUUCGGCUGGGUCUUUGUCUUUUUCAACAUUGUCGAAUAAUGCCUGGGAUCUUUGGCACUCUAGACUAGGUCAUCCUCAUUCUGGUGGUCUUGAAAUGAUGUUCCGACAAUCUUUGCUUGGUAAAAAUCAUGUUAAUCCUUCUGCUUCUCAUUCCUGUACUAGUUGUGUUGAAGCAAAAACGGUGAACAUUUCUUAUCCGUCUAGUACAACAGUAAUCACUGAUCCAUUUCAUAUCAUACAUACCGAUCUCUGGGGACCAUCUCCUACCAUUUCUCGUCGUGGCUAUCGAUACUUCGCUCUUUUCAUUGAUCAUGCCACUCGUUUUACUUGGGUUUACUUCCUCCGUCUUAAAUCAGAACUCAAAUCUGUUGCUACUGAUUUUUUGAAAAUGAUCCAAACCCAGUUUGAUCGUCCUGUCAAAAUUAUCCGUUCUGAUCCCGGUGGUGAAUUUAGUUCUGCUCCGUUGUACGAAGUUUAUCGGUCUCUUGGUGUACUGACUCGGCAAUCUUGUCCCGGUAUAUCUCAGCAGAAUGGUCUAGUAGAAAGAAAAAAUCGUCAUGUCAUGGAUUUAACUCGUGCCCUUCUGUUAGCGUCUCAUGUUCCUAGUAGAUUCUGGCCUGAAGCAGUUGCUACUGCAGUUCGUCUCAUUAAUUACCAAAUUACUCCUGUGCUGCGGAAUACAAGUCCCUUUUUUGCUCUCUAUUCCCGUCAUCCUGACUAUUCUCGUCUCCGUGUUUUUGGAUGCCUGUGCUUUGUUCUUCUUCCAAAGCGCGAACGGACUAAACUCACUUCUAAGACUGCUCGGUGUGUCUUCCUGGGAUAUAGUGAUAUACACAAAGGGUACUUGUGUUAUGAUCCUGUUGUUCAACGUGUUAGAAUUGCCAGUACUGUUGUCUUCUUUGAAAAUUCCAUGUUUUACUCUCCUGGGUCUUCACCAUCGGAUUUCCUUCCUGCCAAUCUUCCUCCUCCCACCUUUGCUGAUGACGUUGAUGAUGACUUUACCCCUGCUAUGAAUCCACCCGAUCCUCCCUCUCCGAAUCUGUCUCCCGCUACAUCUGAUGCUGCCUCUUCAUCAACAGCUGCAACUCCUCCAUCGCCUAUUACUCUCGGCUCCAGUGCUCACUCCUCGGCCAGCUUACAUACCACCCUCGACACCAGUGCUUCUUCUAGUGAACCGCAUUCCUCUUCGCAACCUACUCAGCCAGCUCCACGCCGUUCAGAAAGAGUAACCAGAGGUGUUCCUCCACCCAAAUUCGGUGACUACCUAGCAUAUGGGGUGGAGUCUAUAGUGGUUCCUACUCGCUACCGUCAGGCCAAGGGCCAUCCUUUGUGGGAAGCGGCUAUGCAUCGAGAGCUCGAGGCACUUCAUGCGAGUAAUACGUGGACUCUUGUUCCUCGUCCGCCUUCUUCUACUUCAGUGGUUGGAUGCCGUUGGGUUUACACGGUCAAAAUGAAACCAGAUGGUACGGUGGAUCGAUAUAAAGCGCGGCUGGUCGCUCAGGGUUAUACAUAG